AUGAACAGCGUAAAGCAGAAGGCUCGACACCAAAAACCCUAUGCUCGACCAGUAUCAUCCAUUCGAUCUCGAGAAUCGUAUGAUCGUGGUUGCAAUCUACCCGAGCCAUCAUCGUCUGACAUUCUCGUCCCCGGAGUUGCUCAUGAGAACCCCUCAAGUUCCUUGACGGUGUCUGACACAUAUCAAACGUUCAUCGCAUCUCGUGGCUUACACAAAUCCGAGUCGCCAGAUCCACUAAUCACCCUUCCUGCAUCAUAUACCCCUAGCUACCUCGCAGGAGAAUACUGUCGGCUUAUGUCAAUUUAUGAUCAACUCCAAAUGCGACGCCGGCACCUCGAAAUAGCUUGCCUACGGAAGGUCGGGGAUCCCAACAUUACACAGCAGCUCUUGGAUAUCGGUGCAGCUAUCCAGCGCAUUAUCAAAUCUACCAGACAUGCUGCGAAACUCAAUCAAGAACUCGGCUUCAAUCUUGAUUUGUCCGCGAUAUACGCAAAGUAUCACGAGCAGAUUGUAGCCCCACCAAAAGCACCGCCCGUCGAACAACACGAUGAAAAUUUCAUCAAAAUGCCACAGGCUCGACACUUCAGCGAAGCAUGGAAAUAUAAUCCCUUAUAA